AUGGCUGAGGAUAGUGAUGGAGUACAUGGUGAGCUGCUGACUACUGUACUGACUUGUGAAGGGGACCUCACAGACCCACAGUUCCCUUCACAAUUGCAACUGGUGAAAGUCUGCAAACUGGAGCCCUGGAAUUCGGUGCGUGUAACGCUGUCGAUUCCUCGUGAAGCAGCGUUACGUCUUAGACAGCUAGCUGCCGAGGGAUCUCAGCAGCUCAGAGCUCUUGGGAUACUCAGCAUACAGGUAGAAGGAGACCAGGUAGUCUCACUUAGAUUAGCUUCAGGAGCGGGUGUUAAUGCAGAGCCUCAGGAGAUCAUACUCAGGACGUCUCAAGGUAAUAGUUAUUUGAUGUCAUACUUGACAGCCAUGAUAACAUACAACUGGGAAUUUUGA